CGGGCCGAGAGGACUGGAGCCCAUGGAGCCCCCAUCGUUUUCCACCACUGGCCCUCAAAUCCUCAGGGCGGCCCCCGGCAGCGACGCUAGCCUCGUCGUCCCACUGCCCUCCGGUUCACCACCUUUUGAAUUUGAAUGGAGUCGAGCGGGAGCGAAAUUAGACGACCGCUUUUCCAAAUCGGACGACGCGGGCGGCGUCCGUCUGACCAUCACCGCUGCGCGGACCGGGGACAGCGGUGUUUACACCCUGCAAGCUAGCAAUGCUGCCGGUAAGGACACGACCCGGGUACGACUGGAAGUUUCCCCGGACGAAAUGCCGACUGGCGAAGACCCGCCAACUUUUCUACGACGUCUGCAGGACCUUACGGUGAAGGUCGGCACGCGGACAAGGUUUCUUGUCGAAAUCGUCAGUUCUACCGAAUGCAGGGUGACAUGGUAUCGUAACGAACGCCGAUUGUUAGAAGCGGAACGGAUCGCUUUGGUACGUGAUGGUAACUUCUGGUGCGCCGACAUCUCUGCUGUGAGCGUGGACGAUGCCGGCAGGUGGACAUGCACGGCGGAAAACGUUGGGGGCCGGGCCAGCUGCUCGGCACAUCUUAAUGUUUUAGUUCCAAAAGCCUACAAGAGGCCAGAAUUUGUAGAAGAACUUCGAGCAUUACUUACAGAACAAGGUACAGUGUCGCUCGAAUGCAAGGUGGUGGGGGUUCCGACACCGGUGCUUCGCUGGUUUAAGGAUAGUCGUGAAAUCAAAGCGGGGGAUGUUUUCGCUUUGACUGCUAAUGCUGAAGAUCCAACCUCACUUGGUACUUAUACGUGUGAAGCUGUAAACUGUAUGGGCAGGGCUUAUUCGUCAUCAAAAGUUCACGUAGUCGGUCGUGCCAGCAGGGAAGGUUCCUCGCGACCAAGCUCGGGAGGAAUUACACCAGAACCGCCUCCUAUAUUUACCAAAGAACUAGAGGACCACUUCAUAAGAAUCUGUGAGCCUCUAACUUUAAGUUGUAACAUCGUGGUACCGCCGUGGCCUCGCAAUGUCGUCUGGUACAAUAAAGAAGGAAAAAUCGACCCUAGUGAGAGAUAUCGUGUUCUUGAAGAUGGCGUUGGGGGUUAUUUGUUAGAAAUACCAAUUGCCGAGUGGCCAGACGAGGGCGAAUGGAAAUGCGUAGUGACGAGUACAGGCGGUCGAGUCGGCAUUUCUACGUGUUAUGUAUCCAUGGAUGUACCAAAGAACUAUCGUAAACCACGUUUUAUGGAAAAUCUACAAGCUGUUUUAACAGAAGAAGGUCUCGUGUCUUUUGAAUGUAAAGUCGUUGGAUUCCCUACGCCAGUACUAAGUUGGUUUAAAGAUGGACAAGAAUUAAAACCUGGUGAUGUAUAUCAGCUUACUGGCACGAACUCGUUGGGUUCCUAUUGCUGUAUCGCGAGAAACUGCAUGGGCCAAGCUAGUAGUUCUGCAGAACUGACUGUAGAAGAUAUACAAAAUCAGUUAAAUGAAGAUGAAAAAUUGCAAUUAUUCUCGAAAAACCAAGCUCCUAAAUUUUUGCAAGGCUUAAAAAGUAUUGAAGCUAAAAUUGAUGAACCAUUCCGUUUUACUAUUAAAAUUGCCAUUCCGCCUGAACCUACAGUAUCGUGGUAUCGAGAUGAUCAACCAGUUGAUGAAUCUUUGCGUUGUCAUCAUGGAAAGGAAGAGCGUGGUGUAUUCUUUUUAGACAUUCAGAAUCUUGAGUUUAUGGACCAGGCCGAAUGGAAAUGUGUUGCUAUGAAUAAUUAUGGACAUAGUGUAACGUCAUGUUUCCUUAAAUUAAUAAUACCACGACAUUAUAAAAAGCCUCGAUUCCUAGAAAAUCUUCAAGCCAUAUUAUCUGACGAAGGAGCUGUUAAUUUAGAGUGCAAAGUGAUCGGUGUUCCGCAGCCAGUUUUAAAAUGGUAUAAGGAUGGGGAAGAACUAAAGCCGGGUGAUAUACAUAGAAUUAUCUCCGGCCAAGAUGGUACUUGUUGCCUCGGUACGUAUACAUGUGAAGCGCAGAAUUGUAUGGGUAUCGCUGCUAGCUCAGCAUCUUUACUCGGCUUUGAGGAUUCGAUGAAAGCAAAAAGUAAAAAGAAAGCCGAUGAACAAGCUUUACAAAGAAAUUUAUCACUAAGUACAAUUCAUGAAGAGCGAACAUCCCAAAUGUACGAUACGCCAGUUGGUGAUAUAACUUUAGAUGAAAAAGGUGAGAUAUCAUUUUCUUUUGAUGGAAAAGAAGUAUCUGUUUCAUUAUACGAAACGCCGGAUUUAACAGAAGAGGAAGCAUUACAAAUAGUGGAAAUGUAUGCAGACCAAUUAUCUGAAAAUGUAACCGAACAUAAUGUAGUUGAGCUUCCUCCUUUACGGUUUGUUAAAGAAACUUCCACAUCAGGUAAUUUGUUAAUGGAAGCUAUAAUUAUUGAUGUUUCACCUGAGUAUUUUACAUCUCCCGAAGAAGAUCUCAGAACUGAAGCUGAUAUUGAGGAUAUCUCAAUUGCGGAUGAAAAUGGUCCUCCGCAACUUUCACUAGAUCAGGAAGUGGAAGGUGAAGAUUAUUUGGAAAAAACAAUAGCAAUGUUAUCAGAUGAAAUUGCAGACUUUCCUAAAAAAGUUAAUAGAAAAAAGUCAGAUUCACAGAGAAGUGCCGACGACUACUUUAGUUUAUCGCGAGAUCAAUCUCUUUCAGAAGAAAAAAAAGACGAUGAUACUCAAAUAUUAUCUGAAAGCGAUCUUCAAAGUUACGCAAGUGCGCGAAGUUCUGGAAAACCAAAAUCAAAAUCUUCCAAACCUUCUAUUGAAGACGGCCAGGAAUCUUCUGAUAUUACAAAAACAGUUUUACUUAAAGAAGAUUUACAAAACAAGGCGCUUGAAACAGAAGCUUCAACUACUACACCUAAAAAACAAAGGCGUAGGAGUCGGAGCUCCCGAAGAUCUAGUUCAGGUAGUGAAAAAUCUUUAAACAAAAUGAAAGAUAUUGAAAUAAAAACCGAACCAGAAAAUCUUUCGACUAAUUUAGACGUUAACAAGGAAAUCAUAAAAACAGUUAUGAACGAUACUAGUUUAUCUCUAACAGAGGUAAUGAAUGAGAUACAAAUCCUUGAACGUGAUAUUAUAUUAAAAUCUGAGUUCAUGUCUACUGCAGCUACUGCAUCAAACAGCUUAGAAAUAAUUAAUAGCUUGAUAACCCCUUUGUCGGAAAUACAUAGUAUAACAGAUGCUAUAAGAGAGACAGUUAGUGAAUCUUCCGAAAACAUCACACCAUUAUUGAACACACUUCCUCAAUCACUAAAAAAUCUUCAAGAUUCACUUACAAUAAUUAGUAAGUGUAUUGACGUAGAAAGUGAUAACAAGACUCUUGUUAAGAAAACAUGUAUGUCUAUUAUUCGAAAUUGUGGUAACCAGUUACAUAAUAUAAUAAGAAACUUGAACGAUACUAUUUGUAAUGAAUCCUUAUUUGUUGAAAAGAUGCAGAUGUCAAACAUUGAAACUGUAACUACUGACUUGAUAAAUAUUAUACAUUACAACAUAGAUAUUCUCAAAAGUGAAGAAAAUAAAAAAUCAGAGAAAGGUUCUAAUGUUCAGGAGGCAACUUUAGAAUCAAAACAUUUACAUGCUACACAGAAAGCUAUACAUGAGCUCAGGGGGUCUCUAAGGUCUCUAUUAUUUAUAAUAGAUGAGGUAGAUAAUUGUAACGAAACAAAUUAUGUUAAUAUCAAAAAAAGUGAAAUUAUACUAAAUGACAUGUCAACUCCAAUCCAAGACUUACAAACAGCUCUAGAACAGAUAGAAAUUCUUUCAGUAACCGAGUCAAACUCUGAUUUACAAAAAUAUAAUACAGAAAUUAUAGAGAAAGCUAUGGAAUCUGUUUUAAAAUUAAGAACAUCAUUUGAACAACUAUCAGGAGAGGAAAGCACUAUUGAAAACAAGGAUGGAUUAAAUGAAGUUUUGAAUGAAAUAAAAAUAAAUAUAAGGGAAAUAUCGAUACAAUUAGAAGAACUUGAAACAAAAACUGGUAAAUUUGACAUUUUAAGUAGUGAUAAUAAAUUAGAAACACUUCAAAAAAUUGCUCAAAUUUUGAUUAAUUUGGAGAAUAAUUUACCAAUACUUGAAAGUGCUUCUAGUGUAAAAGGCCACAUGACGGAGUUUCAUAAAAAUUUAACGAAAGUUCUGGAAAACGUAAUUGAAAGCAAUGAUGCAAACAAAUAUUUCACUUUAUUGGAAAUUUGCGAUGCUGUCAACAGGAUGAAUACUUCAAUCAAAAGUAUAGAAACAAACAAUGUGCUGUCUAUGGCUAGUAUUGGCAAUACACUUAAAAUAAUUUACACGAACGUUUCCAAUAAUGUGUUUGAACAAGAGUUAAACUUUUCGAUGCUCGAAAAUAUCAGCAACCUGCUAGUGUGUAUUCAAGAAACUACUAAUAAAGCAGAAGAAUUAAGAAUUAAUGAAAAUUUAGAAGAAGUAAAAGAUUUAUCAUUAGAAAAAUAUGAAGAAAGCAAAGUCAACGUUGUGCUUGAAAAUAUAGAACAAACUAUUAUUGCUAUCAGUAAUGUGAUAUCUCAUGAAUCAUUAACUUCAAAAGACUUUUCUUUGAAAAAGGCAAUGGAAAAUAUUUGUCCUAUUUUAGUAGACCUUAAAUACUGUAUUGCUUCUUCAAACGUGAAAGCUACUGAGAAAUAUGAAAAAAUAUCUGAAUUAGAAAGUUUAUCUUUGUCACAGUCUAUUGCUAAUCCGCUCAUCGACUUACAUCAAAAUAUAAGUGUUCUUAAUCAAGUUAUAUGUGAAAACGCUGACAGUCGAGAAUUUAGUGUAUUAUUGGAAGACUAUGCUAAGCCACUUUUAGAUUUACGUGAUACUUUAGAAAUUUUACAACAUGAUGUUAUUUCACAAUAUCUUGAUAAUGAACCAAAUCCUGAAUUAAAUACUAGUAUAGCAAAUGUUGUAGAAAGUCUUAAAAGUUGUAUAGUCAUGAUUCAAGAGCAACAUGUUAUAGAAGCUGCUGAUGAUAUGUCAACAUUAGAAGACAUAUCUGGUAUAAAAACUACUGCAGAUGUAUUACCCAGCGAUGAGUUUACAAUGGUAACUGUAAAUGAAAUGGAAAAUGUGCAAUUUGCUGAAGAAACUAUACCAUCAGCUUCUGGUCAAGCCUUACAAAUAUUGAAGGAAACUAUAAAUACAUUGCAAGACUCAGAACUAUUAAAUAUUAUAGAUUCCAUUGAGAUUCCUGAAUAUUCUUCAAUAAAGUCAAUCAAUAUUGGAUUAGAAGAAGUAAGCGCUCAAAUUGAAAGUAUUUUACAUCCCAUUACUAUUGAGUCUUGUGAAGAACUGUCACGAUUUUCACAGUUGGUAGAAAUAAUUCAACCACUGCAAGAAAUAAGACAGCAUUUAUCAGUUAUUGACAUAGAUAACAUUCCAGUGUAUGAAAAUAAAGCAGAUUCAACUCCUGAAAAAAUGAGCCUUAUAAAGGAAAACAUACAAAACUUUAAAAGUAAUCUAAACGACUGCUUGGAUGUUUUACAGCCCGCUAUUGAAAUUACUGAUACUACUAUAGAAAUAUCUACUAAAAUAAGUAAUAUACGACACAUAUGUGAUGAAGUAAAUAGUACUCUUGACAAAUUAGAAGAAAGUAUCACAUCAAAUAAAGGAAUUAGUACAGUGAAUAACCGAUUAAAGGAAACGGUUAAUCUUUUUGUAAAAACGAUUAAUUCUCCCGAUAAUACGGAACAAGUAAAACAUGCAAUAGAAAAUCUUUAUGAAGCUGUAAUUUUAAUAAAAGAAGACUUGACGCAAUUUGUAUAUGAUAAUCCCGAAUCAUUAUCAAUAGAGAAUACGUUUAUACAACUUAUUAAUGAUAUGGAAAAAUGUAUUAUUUCCUUAGAACAAUAUAAUUUUGUAAAUUUAACUCAAUUAUAUAGUUUGAAAAAGAAGGUGAUUGAAAUUAAAGAGAUAGAUAAACGAUAUAAUGUAAAUCAAAAUUUAGCUGAAUUGAUAGCACCUCUAGACUUGAUAUACAAAAAAAUGUUAUUAGAUUCAAAAGAAGAAAAGGAGGCCCAAGAAAUAGUAGUGAUAGAUUCAACACCAUUCGAAAUGCAAUUAAGUUAUAUCAAUGAAAAUAUUAAAAAGGUUGAACAGUGUCUUAAUCUUGAAAAUAUAUCUAUUAACAGGGAUGAUAUAAGCGUGGUUAUAAAACUUAAUGAAACAGUUAAUUGUAUUUUAAAUUAUAUGAAAAAUACGCAAAUGUCUGAAUGCUUUAAACCAACAAUGCAAUCCAUUAAAACUUUGGGAAAGAUACUCCAUCGUAUUUUAUCUCCAGAAAAAGUUGAAGACAAACAUAGAUCACUUAAAGAAAAGGCAGAAACCCUGUUACAACACAUGGACCAUUAUAUUGAAAUUAUAGAAAUUGUCGAAGAAGUAUCUGCUGUGAUAAAGAUAGAAGAUUUGAAAGAAUCAGCAAAUAUUGUGAGAGAAUUACAACAAAGUAUAGUAACUUCAAUUCCAUCUUCUGAAGUUACAACUGAAAGUUCUUCAAAUAACAAAAUUAAGGAAGAACAAGCAGAAAUAGCUCAAAGAUUACAUAAAGCUUUGAUGAUGUUGCAAACACAGGCUUUGGAAAGUACACAAGAGCUCACAACAACUGCUAAUGAAGAUAUACGUCAGCAAAUUAUUGAAGUCAUAUCAGAUUUACAAAAUGACUUCAUUGCUUUAAAGGGUACAAAUUUAGCUAUAGAAGAAAGUUUAAAAACUGCUGGUCCUGAAAUAAGUCAAGAAAAAACAGAAGUAUCUUCCCAAGAUGGACACACCACACAAGCUACUCUUGAAUCUGAACAACGAAAUCUUUUGGAUGAAUCAGAAAAAACUGCAAAACCUGAAAUGAUUCAAGAAAAAACAGAAGUAUAUUCUCAAGAUGCACAGACCACUCAAGUUAUUCUUGAAUCUGAACAACGAAAUCUUUUGGAUGAAUCAGAAACAACUGCAAGUUUUGAAAUGAUUCAAGAAAAAACAGAAGAUUAUUCUCUAGAUACACAGGCUGCUCAAGUUAUAAUUGCAUCUGAACAACGAAAUGAUUUGGAUGAAUCAGAAACAACUGCAGGUCUUGAAAUUAUUCAAGAAAAAACAGAAGAAUAUUCUCUAGAUGUACAGUCUGCUCAAGUUAUUCUUGAAUCCGAACAACGAAAUGAUUUGGAUGAAUCAGAAACAACUGCAGGUCCUGAAAUAAGUCAAGAAAAAACAGAAGUAUCUUCUCAAGAUGGACACACCACACAAGCUACUCUUGAAUCUGAACAACGAAAUCUUUUGGAUGAAUCAGAAAAAACUGCAAAACCUGAAAUGAUUCAAGAAAAAACAGAAGUAUAUUCUCAAGAUGCACAGACCACUCAAGUUAUUCUUGAAUCUGAACAACGAAAUCUUUUGGAUGAAUCAGAAACAACUGCAAGUUCUGAAAUGAUUCAAGAAAAAACAGAAGAUUAUUCUCUAGAUGCACAGGCUGCUCAAGUUACAAUUGCAUCCGAACAACGAAAUGAUUUGGAUGAAUCAGAAACAACUGCAGGUCUUGAAAUUAUUCAAGAAAAAACAGAAGAAUAUUCUCUAGAUGUACAGUCUGCUCAAGUUAUUCUUGAAUCCGAACAACGAAAUGAUUUGGAUGAAUCAGAAACAACUGCAGGUCCUGAAAUAAGUCAAGAAAAAACAGAAGUAUCUUCUCAAGAUGGACACACUACACAAGUUAUUCUUGAAUCCGUACAACGAAAUCUUUUGGAUGAAUCAGAAAAAACUGCAAAACCUGAAAUGAUUCAAGAAAAAACAGAAGUAUAUUCUCAAGAUGCACAGACCACUCAAAUUAUUCUUGAAUCUGAACAACAAAAUCUUUUGGAUGAAUCCGAAACAACUGCAAGUCCUGAAAUGAUUCAAGAAAAAACAGAAGAGUAUUCUCUAGAUGCACAGGCUGUUCAAGUUAUUUAUGAAUCUGAACAACGAAAUGAUUUGGAUGAAUCAAAAACAACUGUAGGUCCUGAAAUAAGUCAAGAAAAAACAGAAGUAUCUUCUCAAGAUGAGCACACCACACAAGUUAUUCUUGAAUCUGAACAACGAAAUGUUUUGGAUGAAUCAGAAAAAACUGCAAAACCUGAAAUGAUUCAAGAAAAAACAGAAGUAUAUUCUCAAGAUGCACAGUCUACUCAAGCUAUUCUUGAAUCCGAACAACGAAAUCUUUUGGAUGAAUCAGAAAAUACCAAAGAUAUUGUGUCGAAGACUGAACAACCAAUCCAACAUUUAGAAUCCAAUGAUCAAUACAAACAUGAUAAAAAUGCGGAAAUAUUAACUCAGUCUAAUAUUCAGGUUAACGAAGAGGAAAAAAAAUUGUCAAACGAUGAAAAGUCUUUGAUUGAUGUCUCAGAACUUAAAAAGCCAUCUUCCAAAUUUGAAAAUCUAGCUACUAUAAAAGAUAUACUAAUAGAAAAUAUAAAAGAAUACAUUUCCGAUGAAACAAUGAUAGUUCUUUCUAAAUUAUCCCACCCAUUACAUUGUGAACAUCUUAAGAAAACCAUUGAAAUAGCCACCCAGCUAUGGAACAAAACUGUAAGCGAAAGUUCUUCUCCUGAACAAACUGAAUUAUCAAGUUUUACAACGGAACAAAUUGAACUAGUGUUAAGUUUAAAUGAAGCUAUAUUAAUUAUGUAUGAGACAACCAUUGAAGAGAGCCAAGAAUUAGAAAUUAAAGUUGGUAAAGAUGAAUUAAAUGUCUUUAAAGAUGUUGUUAAUAAUUUACGCUGUACACUUCAGGAAAUUAUAAGUAAUAUGAACACAUUAACAUAUUUUGCUGAAGUUAGUGAAUUACAACCAGAAAAAACAAAUAAAGAUUUAGUCGAAAAUAUCCAGCCUAUUCCUUCUGUAUCACAUACAACACCUCGUUCUAAUGAAAUUGAAAAAAUAAACGAAGCGAAAUAUAAUAUUAUGGAUACAUCAUCAAUAGAAGUUGUGGGUAGUUUAGAAAAUAAUAAUAACAUUUUGAAAAGCGGAGAUGUAUCUGACGUAAAAAUGUCAAUAAGUGCAACUGAUUUACAUACAGCAAAAAAAGAAGAUAUUAUUUGUAAAAUGACAACAGAUACAAAAAAUAGUAAAGAGUUUGACGAAGAUAUAAAACAGAAGCCAGUAAAUAAAGGAACACUUCUCGAAAAUUUAAGCAAUUAUAUUUCCGACGAUAUAGUGAAUGUAAUCGACAAACUAUCACCCGUCCUUAAUUUGGAAAAUGUUAAUCAAUCAAUACAGACAGCCCAUCACUUAUAUAAUAUUCUAUCUUUAGAUGAAUCAGAUACCUUUAAUUUUACGACCGAGCAAUUAAAAUUUGCUUUAUUGUUGGAUAAUGCUGUGUCAUCGCUAUACGAGUUCGCAAAUCAAGAAACUGAAGAAUAUAAUGUAUUAGUCGAAAAUUGUGAAUUAAAAAAAGCUAAUAAUGUUAUGAAGGAAUUGCAAAAUAAUCUUCACGUCUUAAUUGAGUCAACAUUGACCCAAUCCGAUUUAGAAGUUUUGGAUAUGGAUGAUUUUAAAGUUUCAAUAACUAAGGACCCUCUUAGCUAUAGAUUACUUAUUUGCGAUAACUUUUCGGAUGCCAAAUCAUCAAAGGAAUCAAUGGAAGAUAAUAAAGAAAGUAUUUUAUACACUAAAGAUAUUGAAAUUGCUGUUCCUCCACCAAUAGAAACGACUGACGAAUUAAUUAUUCAAGGUAUUCAAGCUGAAGUAAAUAUUGAAACAUCUGAAGAUACGACUUUAAUAAGUGAAAAAAAUUUAGAAGUUACAUUACCAAACUUAAAGGAAGACUUACAACUAAACAAAGAUGACAUUGAUUCAAUAAUAAAACUGGAUAAACUUUUGAAAGAAGUAAGCGAUAUGAUAGAUUUAUCAUGUGAUGAUAAUAUAGAGCCAAUUCAUAAUACUCUCGAUGAAGUACAAACAAUUAUAAUGGAGUUGAAAAGUGAUUUUGGUGGAACUGUUGGUGACGUCAAUGAGACUCUGGAAGAUUUAGAGUGUAAUGUAAGAAGUGUUCAACUUCAGAUUAAUGAACAUAGUCCACCUGUGCUUUUAAAGGAAGCUUGUGCAAAUUUGCAAGUGCUUGUUGCACAUUUAGGUGAUUUAAAUGAUGUCGAAAAAGUUUUAAGACCCCACACGUAUGAAAUUACAAAUGAUAUUCUCGAUGUAUGCUCAAACGAUAUAGGUCAAACAAUAGAUAUAAUAGAAACAGUUUCAUGUUCAGAAAAAGCAGAAAAAUUAGAACAUGUUAUUUCUAAUUUAAAUAAAAUUAAGGACACAAUAAAGUUGCUGAGGUCAAAUUUCUUAACUAAUGCAGAAACUUUAAUUAUGGGUGGAAUCGAGAUUAUUCAAAGCUUAGAUCAAAUCGAAGAAAGAAUUUUUUGCUUAGAAAAGGAUUUGGAAUCUGAAAAUAAUGUUGACGUUAUAACCAGAGAUAGUAUAUUGUCUGCCAUACAUUCUAUUUAUGGAAGCAUCUCAAACAUGAGAGGAACUGUUUCUAGUGUGCAAAAAAAAUAUAUGUAUGAAAAUUACGGAGAACCAUCAAGAUAUUUUUUGCUAUCAAUAAAAAAUGUUUUAGUCUUAUUUAAAAAUAACGAAGGAUCUAGUUGGAAGGAAUUUGCAAAAUCACUGCGUAAAGUUCUAAAUCAUUUUGAAGACGUAAAAUUUUACAUAAACUUUGAUAAAACAGCAAGGUUGCCUAGCGAUGCUGCUUUUACUAAAAUUAUUCUUGCCGAAUUGCAUUCUGUUCUAUCUGAAAUUGUUUUGCAAGAAGCAAAAAAAUUGGAUGAGGAGCCAACCAAACAUACUUGUGAUGUCAUAAAUUAUGUAAAUAAAAUAUUAAAGGACAUAGAACAAAAUACGACAUUAGAAGUAAAAGAGAAAAUACCUAUUUUUAAAGAAUUGUCUAAGCACAUGUUUGAAUUGACAGAAAAUUUUAAACUUUUUAUUGAAAAUGAAAUCAAAAGUAACCGUAACAAUGUAGUGGACUAUAAUACCGACGUAACAUCUUUAUUAGAAUCAACAACAGUACAAGAAGAAAAUAUACCUGAAAAAUUAAUAGAAAAAGUUGUAUUAGAAACUGACAAUACACAGAAUUCUUUAAAUAUUGAGUUCGCAGGUACAUCGACUAAUGUGUUAAGUAAAAAGGACGAUAAUGUGAUAGAAGAAAGAUUAGUGAAUACAGUAGGUACAGAAAAAGACGCAUCUUUAAAAGAAGAAAACAUUGAAAGUGAUAAGUUAAUUCAGGAAAUUAAGGAGGCUACUAAUAUAAAAGACCAAAUUGAAAAUAAGAAGUCAGAACUAGAGGAUAUAGAAAACAUAAUAUUGAAAUUAGAAUCAGGAGAAGAAACAAAAGAAGAGAUUAAAAGCAUAGAUAUUAUUUCGACACAACAACAUACUGAUAAUUACAAAAUUAAUAAAAAUGAGCAACUUACAAUAAUUGAAAAUACAAAUGAUGAGAAAAAAGAAGAGAUAGAUACCAAUAAAAAUGUUGUUAAGAUAGAAAAAGGAACAGUCUCCACGGAAUACGAUUACAAUCAAGAAAUUGACAAAAAUGAGCAAUUACAAAUGGAAAAAAAUGUUGAGGAUAUAGAUAAAAUAUCUAGAUCGACAGAAAUUGUUGAGGAUAUUAUUAAUCAGGACAAUAUUGCAGUGAUUGACAACAAUAGUAAAGAGAACGUGACAAUUAUGGAGUCUCAAAAGGAGAAUAUUGAAAAUAAAGGCAAAAUUGAAGGAAAUGAAUUGGAAGUCGUGCAAUACAAUUUACUAGAAAAAGACGAAAAACAUGCCAUAUCUAACGUAAUGGAAGAAGGCGAAAUAGCACAAUCGAUGGAGAUAAGGGACGAAAACAAUAAGCCUGAUGAUGCUUCUCUAUUUAUAAAAUAUUCUAUAGUGGAAAAUGAGGAACUUGUGGAAUCAAUAACAAAUAAGAUUGAAGAAGUAGUAAAUUCUAAUGUGAUAAAUGAGGAAAUUCAAGAAAAUAUGAACAUUACUACAGACAAACCGAUAUCUGAAAAUAUCAGUGAUAAAAGUAAUGAAGAGCUUGCUAUUGACAUUAAUUUAAAAGAAAAAGGAAUGCUCGUGGAUGAACAACUUUCGGAAAAUAAAAUAUCCAUAAUUGAACAAGACAAUGCAAUAAGUGUAACGUUAAAAGAAGAAGGAAUAAAAGAUGACAUAAAAUUAGAAAAAACAUCAGGAGAAGGAAAUAGUGAUAUAGAUCAAUUAAAACGAAAUUCUAUAAUUGAAAAUAAAUUGCUCGAGGAACAAAAAUCGAAAACUGACGAUUCAAUUGGAAAAGAUAUGAAAAAUGAUAGUAGUAUGGAUUUGCCAACAGUGACAAAGCCACAAUCUGUUUUGGAUCAUAAAAGGAGCUCUUCAGAAGAGGAAUUUCCAGAAAAAACACUUCAUGAAAUCUAUAAGGAUCACAAGGAAACUGUAAUUCAAGCGGAAAAAAUAUCCCCUGAAAAUGACGAAAAUAAGGAAAACAUCACAAUUCAUGAAAGUAUACUUAAAGAAUAUGACAAAAAUGAUGUUACACUGAAAGAAAUAAUCGAUAUAGUUGACAGUGAAAAUAAUAUUCAAACAAAUGUUCUAAACAAAGAAUAUGUAGUAGAAAAACUUCAAGAGGAAGAAUUAGAAUUACAACAACACGUAGAAGACAAACAAAGAUUGUCUAACACAGAUAACGUCAUAGACAACGAAAAUAUUAUCGAUAUCCCAGUCCCAAGAAAUAUUGAAGAGCAACCAAAUUUAAUAAAAGACGUCUUUAAAACUGACCGAAUAGAAAAAGAUGAUGAAAUUGAUAAAAUAGAAGAAAAAAAUUUAAAAACUAAAAGUUUUGAGGUUGAAAAUGGUGAAGAAAUAACUAAAUUGAUGGUUGCUCAAUUAAAUGAAGAAGAAUCCAUAAUUAAAACUGAAGAAAAUCAAGAAAAUAAAAACAAGGAGGGAAAAAUUGAAAAUGACUUUGAAACGGAAAAUAAAAAUUUAAGUCUAAUUGAAGAAAAAACGAAAGAUUGUCAAAAGCCAAAGGAGGAACAAAUUUCUAUUGAUAAAGAUUUAAAGAAUAAUACUGAAGAAAAAAAUAUGGAAAUAAAAGAAAAGAUUAAAAUAGAGACAAUAACUAGUCUCGAAGUAAUUGAUCAAGUAACCUCCCCGCUUAAUAUUUCUUUAGAAAUUAAAGAAAAUGUAGAUAUUAAAAUAGUAGAAAAUUCUUUAAAUGAAAUAAUAAUAAAAGAAAAUAUCGUUCAAAUUGCACCUACUAAAGAAGAUGAAAAAAUAAAAGAAACAGGACGUGAAGUGGACUCAAAUUUAAGUUGCUUAAACGAUGAAAUUUGUGAUGAAAACUUAGAAACCGCUAGUCAAGGUCAGAAACAUUUGGUAAAUAUUGAAAGUACAUCAGACAUCGAAAAUGUAAGCGAUGGCGUUACUACUAAAAGUAAAGCUAAUUGUGAAUUAUUAUCAGAAAUUUAUCCAGAGAGUAAAGAAAAUAUUUAUGCAAAAUCACAAGUUGAUAACCAAAGUGAUUUGAAUGAUAAAUAUCAGCAAGCAAUACAAAUUCAACAAACAACAGAUAAUGAACAGGGAACAACAAUAAAUGCAAGUAAAAUAGAUAUUCAUAAAAAACUAGACAAUGUAAGUCAAUUGCAGAAUACAGUUACAGAAGCACAAGAAGUUUUGGUAAAUGUAACAGAAAACCAAACAGAAAUUGAAUUUAUCUCGAAGCCAGAGACACCUAUGACUGAACAUAUAGAGACUGAAAUAAAUGUCUUAAAGGAUACUGAUAAGCAAAUCGAUCAACAUUUUAAGGAAAACUUAGAUCAAGAAAAAGAUGAUGUCAGUAAAAUACAAUCGCACAUUAAAAAUGAAAUACUAGAGAAAGACGAAAAAAGUAACAAAUCUGUCGAAGUUCAAAGCGUAAGCAAUAAAAUAGAAACUUCAGAAAAUGAAAAAGAAACCAAAUUGACCAAACAACAAUCGCCAAAACUCAACGAAGAAAACAUUGAUACAAAUAAAGAAAGUGUAAAAUAUAAAUCUAAAAAAGAACAAAGCCCUGAAAUUAAAUCAAACGAAAAAGAUAUCACAUCGAAAGAAAAGGAAACGUUUGAAUUUAUAUCAAAUCAAUUACAAGAAGAAACGAGUAUAGAACAAAGCGAAUUAGCAAAACAAAAACAUAUAGAAUCAAAAGAUCAAACUCAAGUAGAAACCGCAACGAAAGAAGAAGAAAGUAAAACUGCAAAGAGAAAAGAAUCUUCAAUUAAACAAUCUAAAGAAAAAAGAAGAUCGAAAAAGUCACGUGAAACUCUAAAACAAACAGCUGUAGAUAAUGACGUAAAACCCCAAGAGGCAGGAAGUAAAGAGUUGGAUAAGGGACAAGUAAAUAUAAUAGAAAAACCUGACGAAGGCCCUAAGCUACAAGAUAUUCCGCCUGAGGGUACUAAAAAUAAAAUCGACAAAAAUGAAGAACAACCAGAAAAGAAAAAACAGGAUUAUGAAGAAAAUAAAUCAAUACAAGAAGGAACCGAAGCUAAAGAUGUAAAAGUAGACAAAAUUAAACCUCAGAAAAUGAUUGUUCAAGAGAAGAAAGGUGAUAAAAUUCUCACUGGGGAAAACAACAAAAUAAAAGACAAUUCGCAAGUUCCGGAUACUUCAGAGCAAAAAGAUAAAGGAAUUAUCUCCAAGUUGGAUAACAAAUCUAUAUUCGAAGAAAAAGAAAAUAAAGAUAAAGAUAACUUUGAAAUCGAUGAUGAUUCCAGAAAACUAGAAAAUAAUAUUUUAUCAAAUAAUCAAAAGCAGAGUAGAGAGAAGAGCUUUACUGCAACCCUAGUUAAAGACGAUCGUCAAGAAGUCGAAAAUAGAAAAGUAUAUCCAGUAAUCAAGGAGCAUUCUUUAACGGAUUAUGAGUCAGAAUUCCCUAGACCACCAGGAUAUAUAGCAAAACCGUUCGGUAUAGAAGAAACAACAUCACAAAUAGAAAUAAAUACAAAAGGCCAAACUAUUUACAAAGCACAAACUCUAAUUGGUGAGUCACAAUUAAGAUCGCCAAUUCUUCCACACAUCGAACAAAAUUUAAAUCAUGAAAGGCAAUCUCAAAUUAAAGACAGAACAAAAGCUUUAAGCGAAUGCAGGAGUACCUUAUCAGAAAAACGUUCUAGUUCUGGUCGAGAUAAUAGACGAAAACCUGUUUUCUCAACAUUCUUAACAGACCGUACAGCAGUAGAAGGAUCACGAGUUAAACUUACUUGCAGUAUUUUAUCGCCAACUGAUCCUAAAAUUUCUUGGUAUAAAAAUGGUAAAGAACUAGAUAAUAAACAUAAAUUUAGAAGUAAAUUUGUGGAAGGUUUGAUUACUUUGGAAAUCCUCAAUGCGAUGCCAAGUGAUUCAGGGGAGUACAGUUGCAGUAUUGAAAAUGAAAACGGAUCUAUAACUUCAUCUGCUAAUCUAAAAGUAUAUCCCAGCUUUGAAGCAUCUCCAAUACCACCAACCUUUACUCGGUCUAUACGUGAUAAUUAUCAUUUAGCUGAAAAUGAAUUAAUACUAGAAUGCCGAAUCCGUGGUCAGCCUCUUCCAACUAUAACUUGGCUCAAAGAUGAUAAGCCUAUUCCUUUAAGCGAUCGUUAUCAGGCACAUUAUUUAGCCGAUGGUGUUUGUAGGUUAACAAUUAGUUCUCCUAGUGCUGAGGAUUCUGGAAAAUAUACUUGUAAAGCUGAAAAUUCUAUGUGGUCUGAUCAAAUUUCCCAUGAUGUUUAUUUUACAGGUAGGAAAAGUAGCUUAAGUCCAAAUCUUGCAACAGUUGAAAAAGUGCAAUUGAGUCGACAUGUGGUAGAAUCACGCCGUCCUCAUUUUACAAACGUUUUGUCGGAUCACAAAGUAGUUUCUGGGGGCACAAUAGGUUUACAAGUAGAGAUAAGAGGAUCACCUAUUAGAGUAGAAUGGUUAAGAGAAGGACAUUCCAUAACAGAAUUGUACAGAAAUGCACAGACAUACGUUGAUCACGGAAUAUACACUCUGGCUCUUUCUGACGUAACAGAGCAAGAAUCCGGUUUGUACACAUGUAGAGCAUAUAGCACGCAAGGAAAUGUUGAUAUGAACGCUUCUAUAACUGUUGUACAACCUAAUCAGUAUGAUGGUAAACCCGCAUCAAUUGUUAGUAGGCCAGAAAGAGAUGUACUCAUUUCUGUUGGUGAAGAUUUGAAUAUUUCAUUUAGAGUUCAUGGAGAACCUAAAGCUAAAGUUUUCUUUAUGAAGGGAAUACGUGAUAUAACAAAUAGUCAACGUGUUUGUAAGAUGACUUCAGAUGAUUAUGUUAAGUUUACCUUAAAGAGGACUGUUGUAUCUGAUGCUGGUACAUAUUGUAUCUUCGCGAGAAAUGCCUAUGGGUGUGAUCGAGCUUUCGUUACGGUUGUGAUUAGACAACGAGCUUCCUCUGACAGCCUUAUUUCCGAUUGGACUUAUCCUAUGGACGAUCUAGCUAUUUCAUCGGUUGAUCGAAACUAUAAAUCUGUUCCGGAUAGAAUUCCUAGUGAACCUAGUGCUGUUGAUGGUGGAAAUAAUUGGAUAUCCCUUGCUUGGCCCAAACCUGAUCAACAAUCAAGAGCUCCGAUUCUGGCUUAUAAAGUAGAAAGUUGGCUUCUUGGAAAAGAAGGCGGAGCUCGUUGGGUAGAAUUAGGAAUCACCCCACGAAACUCUUUCGAUGCUUUUAACUUAAAACAAGGUGAAGAGUACCAUUUUAGAGUCUCACCAAGAAAUCGUUAUGGUUGGGGUGAAUCAGUACAAACGUCUGUACCUAUUGGAAUUGGUUUAGCAGGAGAUAGACCAGAGUUUGUUGAUAUUCUACCUGGUCAACUGAAGGUACUUGUUGGCGAGACAGCAACUCUGUUUUGUAGCUUCAAAGGCAAACCAAUUCCUGAAAUAGUAUGGAUGAAAAAUGGCCAUGAAAUUGAGGAAGAAGUGGGCAGGGUAAGUAUAGAAAUAAAUGAUUACAAUUCUUCUUUACGAAUUGAGGAAGUUAAAUCAGAGGAUGAAGGAAGAUAUAGUUGUGAAGCAACAAAUAUUCAUGGCCGGUCGUCUACUUAUUCAAGAAUGGCAGUAAUUACAGAUCGACAAAUAUGGCAAGCUGAUGCUAAGCUUAAAAGAGAAAGAUCAGCGGGGGUUGACGGAGAAUACCCGCCACAAUUUACCAUGCGCUUGAGAGAUAGACGCGUACAAGCUACAUACCCAGUUCGUCUUACUUGUCAAGUUGUUGGGAAUCCAACCCCAACAGUAAAAUGGUUUAAAAAUGAGGAGGAAGUGUUCUUUGAUGGUCGUCACACUGCAUCUCAAGAUGAAUAUUUUUAUACAUUGGAGAUUGCUCCUACAACAUUAGAAGAUGGUGGGGUCUAUGAGGCCAUGGCACGGAAUGGCUGUGGUGCGGUCAGUUGUCGCUGUAGCCUUGUAGUUGACAAGGGCAUCAGAGCAUACAUCGCUCCGGAAUUUUGUUGUGGUCUUGAACCACUUUAUCAUUUAAGUGAAGGGGAUGAGCUACGAAUUUCAGCAAUUGUCGAGGCUUAUCCUUCAGUUGGUGUGACUUGGUACCGCGAUGGAGUUAGAUUACGGCCUAGUCGGCGUGCAAUUAUGACUUUAGAUCGAGAUGGCCAAAUUGAAUUAGCAGUUGCUUCUGUAACUGGUCGUGAUGCUGGCGUCUACACAUGUACUGCCUCCAACGAAGUAGGAACGGCUUCUACUUCUGGUAAGGUAGAGAUUGUAUCUGGAGAACACGUGAUAGAAAAAACUACAAUGCCACCAAUACUAGUUACUUCAGAUGCGCCCUACUCAAAAGAGCCUAUGUUUAUAAGGAAGCCCAGAUCUAGUGAAGCUCGAGAAGGUGAUACAGUAAUUAUUGAAUGUGAAGUCAUUGGUGACCCUAAGCCUGAUGUUUAUUGGUUAAGAGAUUUCUUAAAGCCUGACUACUACCGAGAUUCGAGUCAUUUUAAGCGCGUGGGCGCUGGACCCGCUUAUCGCUUUGAAAUUCCUCAUGCGAAACUUGACUAUACCGGCGCAUACUCAAUAGUCGCUAAAAAUAUACACGGUGAAACGAAGGCUAUCAUAUCACUACAGAUAUUAGCUAAAGAUCUUACAUGUGGUGACGAUGUUCAUAAUAUUAGAUACGGACGUGUAGAUGUUAUCCCACGUUUCGACAAGGAACUUACAGAUUUGCUGUGCUACGACGGUGAUGCAAUUGAGUUCGAAUGUAGUGUAAGCGGAAAUCCCGAUCCAGAUAUUAGAUGGUUACACUACAACGAGAUUGUCCCAGACUGUGUGGACUUCGAAUCUUCAUAUGAAGUAGGCAUAGCAAGAUUGAAAAUUAAACAGGUGACUGCUGAAGACGAAGGCACGUACACCUGCGAAGCUUCCAACAGUUUAGGCAAAGCCUCUUCAAGCGCCUGUCUCGUCGUUUAUCCUCCCGGUGAACCCAACACACUGAGCCAGCGUCUGCGGCGGCCGCCCGCACUUCUCUCCGCCGCUUCAACGCCGCGCUCUACUCCGCGCACAACUCCCGCUCGCUCGCUCUCUCGAACGCCUGGUCCAGACCCAAGACGGUUUUGUAGUCCCUCUCGUGAAAUAGCUCCAAAAUUCUACACCUACCCCUAUAACAGAGUCGCUGAAGAAGGUGAUACAAUAGUAUUUCAAUGUGCCGUAAAAGGUCUUCCACCGCCGUGGGCCACGUGGGACAAAGAUGGUAUCAUUAUAACACCAUCUGCAAGAAUUAGUAUUAAGGAAAAAGAUGAAAUGCUUAGAAUUUUAGAAAUUGAACAAGUUACAAUAGAAGAUGUAGGUCUGUACAGAAUAUCAUUGGAAAAUGAAUAUGGAAGAGCAGAAGCUUCAGCGCGACUUGAAGUUAUUACACAAAAAGGAAAAUUUUAUGGUAGUACAAGAUCUUACAGCGUUUCUCCAAGAAAAACCUUACCGUAUAGAAGACGUACGCCUUCUUUUUCCAAACAAGACUGAUACAACAAUAAAUACAAAUCAAAACCUGAUUAAUUUCAAACUAUAAUCGAGAGAGCAGAGACGUUGACAAUACUUUUUUAAAUGGCAAUAAUAAGUAUGGAAGGCGACUACGAGCUUGAGAACAAUGUUUCAUUUUGUUUUCUUUGAUUAACUUAUUUUGCAUUUUAUUUGUAGGAUGGUUUAGAUGAUAUUUUAUUGUUUGAUAAAUAUGUAAUUGUGUCAAAGUUGUUACAAUAUUAUUUACGAGUCUCGCAGAACAAAUACUACACUAAAUUUUGUUAAAAUGUAUCUAGAUUUCAUUUGCGUACAGCUUGCGAUUUGAUGUUAAAAAUAUUAAGCUUCUUAAAAAUACAAUUUGUUCUGCGAUUUAAAUUGUCCACGUACCGGUAGAGGAAACAGACGUAGGAUAAAUGUUGGACCAAUAUCUCACGUUCUUUAAUUCGAACGUGAUCUGUAUUGGUUAAAUGGAAGAUAAUCUGUUUUCGUGAAUGGCUUUUAUUGUUUUUUUUUUGUGAUAGGUUUAGAUAAACUGGUACGUGAGCGAUGCGUGAUUAUAUAUUUACUCUCUAAUGUAGUGUUUGAAGUAUAGAAGAAUCGUUUUAAUAAAAUUUGUAUAUUUAUACUUACGCUGUUUGUUAAAUGUUUUAGAUAGUUGAAAAUCAAUAGAGCACCCGGGGAUUUAUAAAAUAAAUUGUAUUAUGAUUA